AUGCAACGACGCUUUGCAGAAAUGGAACUUAAACUGCAGAAUCCCGAGUUCCACAUGAUCACUUCGGGCCUCCGCCGCUUGCCCGAGAUCUCACGCUACACCGUCGCAGUGGCAUUUCAGACCAUCUGGGGACCGAUUUGCUAUCCUCCAGCCAUCUUUCGCAGUGAGAAGGAAGGUGAUGCUGCGGGCAUAGAUUUCCAUCGUUUCAAAGUGACUGUCCAACAGCACUACCGCAAACGCUUCAAUCAGCAGUCCCCUCUCUGGACCUAUCAUAACAGAGAGGAUAGGGUGUCGAUCCGCUCACUGAAGCUGCGGAAAGCAAAUAGCGCUGAUUUCAAAGUUGACUUGGAUAAGGCAGAAAAAGACUUCGAAGAUGUCAACGAAAUGAUUACACACCAUGCACACCAUGUCGAAGAAGACCAUUCUGGUGAAUUGCGCGCUACCGAGGAGACCUUCUCUGCAUUUGCAGACGACUUUCUGAUGGCUCACAAGCUUGCCCACGAUGAAACUUGCGCUGCUCUAAAUGCACUCGUUUCUGAUAAGCUUGAGAAUGAGAUGACUCCAGCUGAGCAUGCUGCAGGCCUGCUCGGCAAGGUCGACGCCUGGAAGCGGAUGGUUGGUGAACUGGAAAGAACGCUUGCUGAUGCUGAAGAGCGAAAGAGACUCGAUCAAGAACUUGCUAGGUCAGGGCAGAAGUCUAGUCGGAUAUACCUUGUACGCAAACUUGUCCUCUCUACCAAGAAGGCAAUAAUGGCACGUAAGAAGGCUUCUGCCAUACGGGGAACGUCUUCCAAUGCUGAAGAGAGCCUGGACAAAUUGAAACGUCUGAAAUCAGUGUACGAUAAGAAGCUUGCAGCGUUGCAAAGGAUUGGGCAAGGUGCUGCUAUCAUAUUUGACAAUAGCCUAUUACGAGUAUUCGUGGACCAAGAUGACUUCAAAGCAUCCAUCAUGAACGUACGUCGCGUGUUCCCUUUCGAUCCAAAUACCAUGAAUGGGCUUCAAGUGCUCUUUGAUGUAGCAAUUGAGACAAGAGACGAUAGACGUUUCGUGCCAUCCAGGGACUAUGAGGCAAUUCUUUCCGAAAUGGAAUGGCCAUUGCCUGAUCUCUCUGGAAGACCUCGAUUCAAAUACGCAACGAACACGUUUGUAAAACCCAAAGGAAGGAGCGAAUUCAAGGUCGAGGAGGAAAUCGUCAAUAUCCCGGGCCAGGGGAACAGAAUAUUGCAAGUGCACCUUCCCGGCAAACCUCUGUCCCAGCGCAAAUGGCACUCAGACUUCCAGAAUCUGUAA